AUGAAGGUGUUUGCGACUCUUGUUCGUCCGGAUACCUUAAGAGAGACCUUGAAUCUUCCAAAAACGGGUUCUGUUGGUUUCCAGUCUCUAGCCCAGGGGGUCGACUUCGUGUGUCCGAAACCGAACGGCCAGUUCGCAUCCCCCGACAGCUGUAAAAUCUUCUAUUCGUGCGCCGAUAACAUCGCCUACCGCCAGAGGUGCGCUGAAGGGGCCCUGUACGAUGGCCACAAACACGAAUGCGUCGACCAGUUCCUCGACAACAUCGCCUGCGGCCCUCAGGAGCCUACUGAGGCACCCCUGGCCACGACUCCUGACCCUCUAGAGGCAUUGCCAUGUGAUCUUCAGGACUGCCAGUUGCCAUAUUGUCACUGUUCCUUCGAUGGCACUGAGAUUCCCGGAGGAUUGAGAGUCGAACAGGUUCCUCAAAUCAUCAUGCUUACCUUCGACGGCGCUGUCAACGACCUCAACUUCGACACCUACAACCAGAUCUUCCUCGAGAACCGCACCAGUCCCAACGGCUGCCCAAUUCGGGGGACUUUCUUCGUCUCUCACGACUACACCAACUACCAGCUGGUCGAGGAAUUCUAUAGCCGAGGUCACGAGAUCUCCCUCGGAACUGUGACACGCCGCUCGGGACUCGAAGAUGGAACUUAUGAGGAGUGGGUUGGCGAGAUGGUCACGAUGAGGGAGAUUCUCAGGUCGUUCGCCGGAGUGAGGAAAGCCGAUAUCUUGGGUAUGAGGGGCCCUCACCUCAAACCCGGCAAGAACUCACAGCUUGAGAUGAUGAACGACUUCGGUUUCUCUUGGGACUCAACCAUCAACGCACCCCCAAGCAAAGUGCCAGUGUGGCCCUAUUCCUUCGACUACAAGAUCCCCCACGAGUGCCGCUCCGGAAGCUGCCCCACCAGGUCAUUCCGAGGACUGUGGGAAAUGCCAAUGAAUUCCCACUUCAAGAACUUCCAAUUCGAGGGAGGCUUCUGUCCCUACCUGGACCAGUGCAGCUUCAGUUAUCAGAACGAACCCGACGUCCUCCAGUGGCUUCAGGAUGACUUCAACCGCCACUACACAACCAACAGGGCCCCUUACAUGCUGGCUCUUUCGACCAACUGGUUCCAAACUCCAACCCAAACCAACGGACUUCUCGCCUUUAUCGACUGGACUAUGACCCUGAAUGACGUGUACUACACCACCAUGACGGAGGCCCUGCAGUGGGUGACGACGCCGCAGCCCAUCUCCGAGCUGAGUCGCUUCCAGCCCUGGAGUUGCCAACAGAAGGUGUACCCCGACCCCCCGUGCGAGACUCCCAGCUCAUGCCAGCUCUCGCUCAAUGCCCGACAUGACAAUUUCACUUCGGCAGGUGGAUCCAGGUACAUGGUAACCUGCAGCAACUGCCCCACAGUGUACCCCUGGGUGUGGGAUUCCACGGGCCUUGGUAGAGAGAGAGACAUAUAUGAACCGGAGUUUGGGUCUACCAAUAUUGAAGACCCUGCUGUUAUUUGAUUUUAUUAGACUUUCCUUUCUUUUUUAUUCCUUUUGUUUAUGUAAAGAAUUAUCUUUCUACACCCCCCCCCCUUCUCUCUUAUCUUAAAUCUUUAUCAUGUUAUCAAUAAAGCGACAACAUCCUCUCUCUAUCCCCAGUCAGUGAGGACUUUCAGACUAGACACAGUUAACCUAUAAGCAUAUAUUGUUGAUUACAUGUUCACAGUCUGGUGUAAGUUGGUUAUAAGACUGUAGACAUGACCACAGCUUCCUUCAUAUCAUGUCAAGAUGUUGCAACCAUGAAUAAAACAUUUGUGGGUCUUUUCUGUUCCUAAACGUUCAUGAGGUCAUAAUGUAUUAUGAGACAUACAUGUGUAUACCACUCGGUGUUUGUUGAUAAAAAGAAUGAUUUUUCACAUCUUCAGUCUUAUUUGGUGAAGCAUCCUUUGUAAAUCAUUUCGUUAGGAAAUGUUCAUCUAUAGUGUUUUAAAAUAAAUUAGAAUAGCAAA